GUACUCUCGCGAUAUUUCAGUCACAUCUCGUGAUGUUAUCUGCGUGGCCUGUCAUUUUAGUCAGGAUGGGUCUUAGCCACUUUGGGAAAUUUAAAAAUACAGAGAUUAGGUGUUAGUUUUCUGUUUACUCGAUUUGUCUCUGGCCUUGGAAAGGUUAUGAAAACUGGAACUCGCUGCAAGUGAGUAAUCUGUGUGCGUGUGAUGGCAGCACGUCCACAUUCUUAUGACAGCAAUUCCAGUGAUACCGAAAACUGGGAGCGGAAGACUAGCAGCCGACCUCGCAAACUCUGCAAACACUCAAGUGCCCAAUUGCGCGGCUUUCGGCUGGAAACGGAGCUGGUCAGGAUGAGUCUGCAUGGCAGGGCGGGAGCUGUGACCGUUCGCAGCGACCGGCGCCGCUCCAGUGACCGCUCACGUGACUCCUCCCAUGAGAGGGGCGAAAGUCAGCUGACACCCUGCAUCAGGAACAUCACUUCACCCACCCACCAGCACCACAGCGACCGGGAACGAGAAACCAGUUCCUCAUCACGGCCUAGCAGCCCCAGGCCCCUGAAGGCCUCUCCCAACGGCUCCAGCAGCAGCAGCGGGGUGAUCAGCAGCCGCAACAGCAGCCUGUCAAGCAGCGAGGGCACCUGCAAGGCACUGGGCACAGGCCUAAACCUGGCCGGAAGCGAGACAGUCUUUAUAUAUGAGAACUCCAAGGAUGGAGCUCGUAACCUGAGAACCUCAGAGAGGGUCACCCUCAUUGUGGACAAUACACGCUUUGUGGUGGACCCCUCCAUCUUCACCGCACAGCCCAACACUAUGCUGGGGAGAAUGUUUGGCUCCGGAAGGGAGCACAAUUUCACUCGGCCCAACGAGAAAGGAGAGUUUGAAGUUGCAGAAGGAAUCAGUUCAACUGUGUUUAGAGCCAUAUUGGAUUACUACAAAUCUGGGAUAAUCCGCUGCCCUGAUGGAAUCUCUAUUCCGGAGUUACGGGAGGCGUGUGACUAUCUGUGCAUCUCCUUUGACUACAACACUAUCAAAUGCAGAGAUCUCAGUGCCCUAAUGCACGAGCUUUCGAAUGAUGGCGCACGGCGGCAAUUUGAAUUCUACUUGGAAGAGAUGAUCCUACCCUUGAUGGUGGCCAGCGCGCAGAGCGGCGAGCGCGAGUGCCACAUCGUAGUGCUGACGGACGACGACGUGGUGGACUGGGACGAGGAGUACCCGCCGCAGAUGGGGGAGGAGUACUCGCAGAUAAUAUACAGCACAAAGCUGUACCGUUUCUUCAAGUACAUCGAAAAUCGAGACGUUGCCAAAUCAGUUUUAAAGGAAAGAGGACUGAAGAAAAUUAGAUUAGGCAUUGAAGGCUACCCCACAUACAAGGAGAAGGUGAAGAAGCGUCCCGGCGGCCGGCCGGAGGUCAUCUACAACUACGUGCAACGGCCGUUCAUCCGCAUGUCCUGGGAGAAGGAGGAGGGCAAGAGCCGUCACGUGGACUUCCAGUGCGUGAAGAGCAAGUCCAUCACCAACCUGGCAGCAGCGGCCGCUGACAUCCCCCAGGACCAGCUGGUGGUCCUGCACCCCGGGCCCCAGGUGGACGAGCUGGAUGUCCUGCCCAACCACCCCCCAUCUGGCAACCACUACAGCAACGACCCAGACCCCGACGUCUCCUCGCCUGCUGUGUGAGAGCAGCACCCCAUCCUACCUCCCUCCACUCCCCCUGCAUGCUGCACCAAGGAGUGAGUGCCACAACAGACAAAAUGCCUUUGCACCUCCUACAGAGCCUUAGAUCCCACAGGACCUGGUCUGCUGUAUCGCCCGAAGAGGGAUGCAGGAUUCAGGCAAGGGACAGUCGUUAUUUUCCCGUUUUUUAUUUUUUAACUUGACCAAAGGAGAUUUAUUUUUUAUCAAGUAUUUCAAAUACAUUUAAGCCAACCCACUUCUUUUGAAAUUGGGCUUAAGAUUAGAUUUUUUUUUUUUUCCUUUAUUGUUCCUAUUUGGUGAGUACAAGCUGUUGCACUGUGGUGCUAACGUGUGUUUAAGUUUUGCUUUCACUUAAAGUAUGUUUCUUCUACUUCCCUCUGCUACUUCAAGGCAGUUGGAAAAUCAACCAAGGAAGCAUGGGUCACCUUUGGAUCUAUUCUGUGAUGCCACCCCUUGGGUAACCUCCCAUUAAACAUUAGGAUUAGUUCUCAUUUCACAUUUGAUUUCUUUUGCAACACAUAGCCGGAGUUGGAUUCCGCCUGCCUGGCUUGCUUAUUUCAUGCUGUGUUCCUCAUUAGACUGGGUAUAUUCAGCUGGACAUAACUGGUUCCUACGGUUCAGGAUCAUUUUUGUUGAAAACUUGAAAAGCAUUGGUCUAAUAAAGACUCUGAAACCA